AUGAAGACAGAAGAGUGGCUGUGUGACCUACCCAAAGCCUGUCGGAUACUUACGACUCCAGGGCUCUUGUGUCAGUCGGUUUUACAUGAGAAACUAGAAGAAAUUGCAGCAGAGUUUGUCUGGCUUGAUGAGAUCUAUGAUGAAGCUAUUAGAAUGUUUUCUGUAAAACGUGCAAAACUGGAACAGAUGCCAAAAACUCCUUCUUUAAAACAGAAGGGAGGUAAAGCGAGUAAAGCAAAAAUUCUCAAAGUAAAAAAUGAGUCUGAAGACAGUGAAAGUCCAGUCAACAUUAAAGGUGUGCCUACAAAACUGACAUUUGAAAGCCCCAAGAGCCUAUCAAGCAACAGUGAUAAUACUGUGACCGGAGGUGGUCGACCAUUACGCAACUGUCGGGCCACAUCAAAAGUAUCGUACGUAGAUGAAGACGAUCUUCCUAAAAGAUCCACGCGACAGUCCAAAAAACCAAUCAACAACCACAUAUCGAACAGUUCCUUAUGUACUGAAUCUUUACAGAAAAUGUCAAGUGCCACUGUGUUACUAGAGGUUGAGCCAUUCAUAGACAGUAUGACAAAAGUGAAGACACGACCGUCCGUUGUUGCCAAGCAAAAAUCGGAGGAAAAGAGCCCCAGUGUUAGAGAUCGCACAAAGGCCUAUGAGUCAAUGCUGAAAAUGCGAGUGAGUGAAAGUCCUGUGUUAAAACAAGGAGGCCUGGCUGGCAUAAACAAAUCUGCACAUGUUGUCUUAGAAGUAAUCUCAUCUCCCACUGUUUCUGCCUCACCUAAAGGUCAAAUGUCAGGACAUUCAUCAGAUCCUGGGUGUGGUCAUUCUACAAACGUACCAUCGGCCAAGCAGAGUUCUGAGGUUGAUGGAGCUAGACCAACAAGAACAAGGCUUAAACUGAAAAAGCAAAAACAGGAGGAGGAAGACAUGGACGUUGGGAUGUCCAGACAGCCUGAUGCAACCAAAGAACGCAACAGUCGCAAGCAUUCCAUUCACCUGACUACAGAUAUGGAGACCGAAUCUGAUAGCUGCGGUCAGCAAAGUCCUGACCACCAUAGAGAGAUACUCAAUGAGACCGAGACUGUGAUCACAGAAAUAUACGAUAUUGGGGAGAAAGGUCAGCCGGCAAAGCUGAGAGAAUUUGAGAUUGUUCAAACAAAAACAACACCUAUCUGUGAGAGACUGAGACCUCUUGUAGCAGCUGACUGUGUGUCCGAUCAAGGGUUCAAUGACGGUGACAUGGAAAGCACCCAAGAAAGCUCUGAUGACAGUCAGCGUGCAGACAGAGCUAGUCAUGAUCUCAAGGGGAAGCAGGUAGAUUCAUCUACACAAAUUUUGAUCAGAAAAAACUCAGAAAAUGGCUGUGGCGAUGAAAACAGUAGAUGCAAAUCAAAUAAAGACUCAGGGGUAGUUUCAGAAGUAGCCAGCAAAGCAGACAGUACAUUUGUGAAAGAGAAAAAAUCUCUAGAAUCAAAGACCAGGGUCACCCGAACCAGGACUAAGGCAGAGAAAGAGACAGUUUCACAAGAGACACCCACAGAAAGGAUGACACGAACAAGGCAGCGAAAACAGGAAGAAUCCCAGAAGACAUCUCAGGAUUUGAAACCUGCCAGCAGAAUGAAGAAAGCUGUGGAUCCAAACAAAUUGGCUAUUUGUGGGAGUGAUGACGAAAUCAUUGCUGGGUCUCCGGUUGUCGCCCCUUCAAGAGCUUCUCUGAGGGGAGCAGCCAAGAAACGUAUAGCAGAUGAAAGAGGCCUGUCACCCAGACCCAAGCGCUCCUGUGUUGGUGAUGAGAGCACUCUGAACAUAAGGUCUCCCCCACAGUCCACAUCAUCGCCUCUAAAGAGGAAAGAUGCUGCUCAGCUGAGUGAAGGCUAUGACAAAGUUGCAUCCCCAAGGAGGAGUCCGAGAGCAUUCAAGUUCAACAGUGCUCAGAAGGUGACUUCUGGCUUCCUGAACCGCACUCCGGGCUUUGGUCAGAACACCAGCAAGCUGUGCAGCUUCCUUAGCAACACUCCAACCUGUCGCAGCACCAGCUUCCUCACAUCCUUCCUAAAGAGAAACACACCGCCACCAAAACAGAACAAUCAGGUUCUUCAGGAACAGAAGAGACAGAAAUUAUUAGAAAAGGAGAACAGAGACAUGGAAAGGUUGAAGAGGGCAGCAGACUUGAGGAAGAAGCGGAUUGAGGAUCAGAAAAGAAUGAGAGAAGAGAAGGAGCAAAAGGUAGCAGAGGCGCGGGGUGUACGCCUGCGUAAUGAAGAGGAGUAUAAAAAUCGAAUCAACAAAAAAAUGGAAGACAAAGCUACACUCAAAGUCAAAGUGAUGGAAGAGAGAAUUAAAGAGGAACGUGAGAAGCAGAAGCAAAGAUUGAGGAAGCAGAUGGAGGCGGAUACCAGAAGAAAAGUUGAAGAGGAAGAAAGACUGAAGAAAUUUCUUGAACAGGAGGAGGAAGCAAAAAUGCAUGAGGAGUUUAUGCAGAGAAAAAAAGAGUUUGAGGAGGCAGAACGAAGACGACAAAUUGCUGAAGAGAAAAGGAAGCAUGAUGAGCGAUUAGCAGAACUUGAACAAAGGCGCCAGGAAGAAUUAACACGGCUGAGACUAGCAGAGGAAGAGAAGGAAAGAGAAAGAGAACGCACCAGAUUAGAAAA